AUGAUGAGUCAAGAUGAGAAUGUCAUGAUGGAUGAGCAGCAGUACUCGUCCAUCAUGUCACCACCCAUGCAGCUGUUAAAUGCUGGCCAGAAUGGUACAUUCUGGGAUAUUGUUCUACGAGGUUUGAAGAGUGUAGCCGGUGUAGGCUUAAACAUCCAAGGCAAGGAUACACUUUGCGGUGACUACAUCUACAGCGGUCACACGAUUGUACUUGUCGUAAGCGCAUUGUUUAUGGGAGAAUAUUCUCCUCGACGAUGGCGUAUUCUGCACGCCUUCUUCUGGUUAGUAGCUUUAGUGGGCGUCAUAUUUCUAGUGAUCUCACGUGGUCAUUACACGCUUGACGUCAUCCUAUCGUAUUUUAUAUGUACUAGGAUAUUUUGGAGCUAUCAUACAAUGGCUGCACAUCCUACCGUUCGAUUAUCCACACAGAACCACCAUCGAAAGGAAUUUUGGUUUCCGUUGUUUCGAUACAUGGAAGGCAGUGUUCUGAAGCCGGUCCCAAGACGAUUCGACUGCCCGUUGCCGAUGAAUCGGCUGCGAUCCGUAUUUCGGAGGCGUGUUGCUAACGCACGGAUUGAGUAA